AUAAAUUGGGUGAGAAGAAAAUACGCUAUGGGAAAUUAUAUUAGGUUUAACAUGUAGCGUAGGCUACAACGUAAUGCCCAUUUAAUUACCAAUAUUUAGGAUUUUAAGGGGUAGGCUACAGAAAACAGCAGUGGGGUGUGUGUUUUAACUGCAACGUUCAGCAGUUCAUGCACCGGAAUCUGUGUACCUUGACCUACUACUUUCUCAAACAAGGGGAAGUUAACUUUUUAUUAAACAGUGCCACGUUAUGCACGUGGCAGGAAGAAAUACAUAACUUCAAUCCUAAACUGGCAGUCUCUUUGAAAGUAUGGCAUCUGCAGGCUCUGCCCUCAAGGUCCACGCAGUGCGCUUUGGGCCGGGACAGGAGCUGCUGUGCUCCCUGCUGGCAUUCGUGGAGGAGAGAAACCUCAAAGCGCCAUUCAUCAUCACCUGUGUGGGUAGCGUAACCAAGGCAACACUCCGGCUGGCAAACGCCACUGCAGGGAAUACCAAUGAGGUGAUCCAUCUUGACGAGCGCUUUGAGAUCGUGUCGCUGGUGGGCACACUGAACAAGGAAGCUCACCUCCAUAUCUGCCUGGCCGACAAGGAGGGGAAGACGGUGGGAGGACAUGUACUGGGGGACCUGGAGGUGUUCACCACGGCUGAGGUGGUCAUCGGUGAGGCCUCUGAUCUGCUGUUUGACAGACAGAUGGACCAUCGCACAGGCUUCCCUGAGCUGGUCAUCCAACCCCGCUCUGAAAAGAACUAGACGAAGGAGGAGGACUUUAUUCUCCUAUACUCACCUCCAUAUUUAUUUGGACAGUGAAGCAUUUUUUUAUUUUUUUUCUAUAAUCCAGAAUUUGGGAUUUAAGAUCAAACGUUUCCUAUGAGACGACAGUACAGAAUGUCACCUUUUCUGUUUUACUGUUAAGAUAUGAAAGCACUUCAUGUAUCUAGUUGCCCCAUUUAAAGAAGUCAUAAGUAUUUGGACAAAUUCACUUAUAUAGUAUUGAAGUGGUCUAAAGUUUAGUAUUUGGUCCUAUAUUCCUAGUACACAAUGAUUACAUCAAUCUGGUGACCCUACAAACUGGAUGGAUGCAGUUGGUUUUGGUUGCGUUUUUCCCAAUAGGACCUGAAUGGUGAACGAUGUCUGGAGUAGUUUUCUUUCUAAGUGAAUAGAUAAGAUGUUUCUCAACACUUCUAAAUGAAUCCUGUUAAUGCCACGAUUAAGAAAAAUCAAGAGAGAAUCAGGAAUAAUGACGAUCGAGAAGGUUACAGAGGCUACAACAAAACAUGCUAACCUCUCACCAUUACCUAUAACAGAGGCUACAACAAAACAUGCUAACCUCUCACCAUUACCUAUAACAGAGGCUACAACAAACCAUGCUAACCUCACCAUUACCUAUAACAGAGGCUACAACAAAACAUGCUAACCUUUCACCAUUACCUAUAACAGAGGCUACAACAAAACAUGCUAACCUCUCACCAUUACCAAUAGCAGGUUAGCAUUUUCAUUUAUUAAACUUCUGUAGCGCUUUUCAUAGAAUCUCAAAGUGCUUCAAGUAAUAUGAAACAUUUGAUCUCAAAUCCAAAAUGCUGGAGUAUAGAGCCCCCCCCGCCCCUCCAAAAAAAAAUGCUUCACUGACUAAAUACAUAUGGAUGGGAGUGUAUGGAUGUCUAAAAUAAAUUCUUAUCCUCUAGCAGUUUUAUAUAAAUAGAUCGUAAUGAGAUUUAAUUCAUUCUGCUUGACUACAAUGGCAGUGUAACACUUUAUACCAGAUAUUUGGAGACAGCUUUGUCUUUGUCGUUUUCUACACUGUUGUUACGCUUUUGUAAUGUAAUAUACUACGUUCACCAAGACCAGCCUUAAUACAGCACAUCUCCCUAAUCUAACCCACUUCUUGGUCACUUUCUUAAGCUUAGUGUUCUUAUUCUCCCCCACACAUACAGCCACCAGUGAGCAGUGGUCUUCACCAGAGCAGGCUUUGGAGAGCGCUGACAAUACCAUAAGGAUGUUUGUAGCAUAUGUCAACAGCUGACGGAACAGCCAACGAGAGAGCACUCUUCCAUUUUGUUGUCUCUUCCAGUUUCCACGUGUAAAUGUUGGGUUUGGCUCUUUUGUUCACUGGGAGGUUGUAAAAUUGAUAGGAAAACACCCAUUUCACAGUAAUUAAAUAUAUAUUAUUUUCUUCCACCUUUCCUCUGCUAAUGUGAACUGACGAUCCCCAAAUACAGCCUCCAUAGAGCAACUUUAAACGGGAACACUUUCUAUGGAGCAGAUGACUAAUGAUGUAACACCGAACAGCUGUGGGAGAAACCGUUUCUAACAGAAACCCUCCCUCCCCUGAGCGUGGAGUCGUUCUGACCAAUAGGAGAAUCUCUAGGGGCCUGGGCAGUGUUCUGCUAAUAGAUGUUUAACUAAAGCAUGUCUUUUUAAUGGCUCUGACCGCCUGUUUGCUGAGACACAAUGGGAGAACUCCCCCAGGAUUAGCCGUGACAUCCACACAGCCCCAGCCGCCCGACUGAAGAAAGUAGGCUUGCGCACGGCUGUCUGAGGGGACAGAUGCAUGGUUGUAUGUGGGCGGGGAGUGGUAACAACAUUUUGAUGGAGCAGUGUUCACAUAGAUCUAUGUGCUUUAAUUAGGCCCGAUGGAUGGAGGGAGGGAGAGAGAGAGAGAGAGAGGUGACAUUGAAAGCAUACCUGUAUGUGUUGUAAGUGCUUACGGAGCGAGUGCUACAUUAAGUUGUUCUUCAGAUCAGAGUGUUGAUGAUGACUCAAAUAGGAGCUAGACGGAACAUAGCUAAGCCCUUCACCACAUUUCCUAAAGGAUUUUACAGCUUUUUUUAGCAUAGAAAUUUGUAUCCAUUGUAUGCAUCUUCUUUGGCUUUUCCCUUCCAGGCACCUGCUCGUGUGCCUGUUGUCAUUCUUAAAUGUCAAAUGGCUAGUGAAGGAGUGGGCCAUCAAGGCCCUGUGUUGAUAACAGGUCUUAUCGUAAUAGAUCCCACAACAAAGUUAAAUCAGUAAUACAACAUGGAAUUGGGCUGGGAACAAUACAGUAGAUAAUAUAGCUUUUGUCGUGGGUCUCUGCUUAUGAGUCAUCGCAAAGCCUUGGUAGGCUGGAGGAGGAAGAUAGACUGAGGAUGCAUUCCAAAUGGCACCCGAUUCCCUAUAAAGUGCACUACUUUUGAUCAGGGCCCAUAGUGCACUACUUUUGACCAGAGACUAUGUAGGGAAUAGGGUGCUAUUUGUUCCGCAUUCUGAUUCUAGAGAGACGGUUGAUUGUGUUUCGGAUUAGUCAGAGGGCUGGAGCAGUACAAUUUGAGUUGGAAUAAGCAAGCAGUUUAACAUACUGUAACUAACCCAUUACAUUAUACUUUUUUUUUAAAGCAGGAAACCAUGAUCAAUAUAUUGUAAAUUUAACUGCAUCACACAACUCAAAGUUUACAUGGUGCUAUUCUGAGAAAGCUGUAUUUUGUGUGUACUAUAGUUCAUAUUCCAAAUGAACUCAAAGUGUGCAGGACGGGAGAGUGCCUCAAAGCACAGCAAUAGGUACAGCGAGCUUUUUGACAUUGACAAAGGGACACAUAGAUACACACUUACUCACAGGGCAGCACUACAGAUACAUUUUCACAGUAUGUGGACGAGAGGCUGAGCCUCUAAGUGCCCAUUGAAAUGAGCCGGAGCAUCACUUACUACUGGGCUCCCAGUGCUUUCAGCUCUGAGCGGGCAUGCUGAAGUGGCCAUGCACCCCUCUCCCCAACAAUCCCCGCUUUGGGGUGGAAUGCUAAUCCUGUCACAAAAAAAAUCCCAUUUUAGUUUUUCAUUUUUACAUCCGACAAGCCAUUGGUUCAUGGCUUUUUUAAUGUCCUCUCUUAAGCCAUAUUUGUAGUGUCACCACUCAUGUUUUUUGGUGUGGAUUACCCUCAACACCAGGCGAUGUUCUUGUAUGAAUUUCUUUCCUUCAAGAGGUAGCUAACUCUUUCUCUCGCUUGGUAUAAUUUUAUAGUGAUAACACAAUGUCAGUUUAAUGUAAAAUUUCCCUGAAAUAUGCAGAAGGCUGAUAUACAGUAAGAAUCCAGAAAGAAAUGUGCAUUGACAGAGCUGCCCACUGGGAGUAGGGACAAUCAACUGGAAUAUUCUCACCAAAAACGGCAUCUAGUAACUGUUACUGUGUUACAAUAACUGAUGGUUCCAGUCCAAGGGGACACAGCUAGAUGCCUGCAGGGUAGAAGCAAAUCAAGCCAGAGUUUGAGGGAACUAAAGAGCUCCCGCAGCAAGCAUCUUUGUGCUUUUGUUUUGUUCUGUUUAAACAGCAUGGUGGCCGAACCGUGCCCACUGGGACUGCUUUAGCUACACAUACUGCUAAGCAGCUCAAAGUCCUCUUUUGUGUGACAAAUGAGCAGGCAAGCACAGUGACCCCAAAUGGAUGUUUCUGGAUUUGAAAGAGAUACUGUUUGAUCUACAUCUGAGAUCUAAAGAUUUGCUACAGUUCUGCAGCAUACUGAUCUUGCCGUAACUGUUCAGAGAUCUGUGUUGUUGGUUUUCAUGCUCUCCGAGUCCAACGUGCCCUUAGUGUUUCUGAGUGAGAGAAAAUGCUUUGUUUUCUACCCUCUACUGUGUUUAUCUGUUAUAUGCAAAUUCUGUGAUUGGAGGUGGUCAUGGUUGGAGCUCUCUCUGCUCUGGGGCACACUGUCUGGAUUGUGGUGAUCCUGCAGAAGGUUGCACUCUCUGGAAACUUACACGAAACACCACAGGUGGUUGGUGGCACCUUAAUUGGGGAGGGCGGGCUCAUGGUAAUGGCUGGAGCGGAAAGAGGGGAAUGGUAUGACAUUCAUCAAACACAUGGUUUUGAUGCCAUUCCAUUCGCUUCGUCGUAGCCGUUAUUAUGCCGUCCUCCCCUUAGCAGCCUCCACUGACGUACACGACAGCCUCUGUCUGCGGAGGAAGCUUGUUAUUUUCCCCCCCACGACAAGAGAACGGAGCAGAUAGAACUUGACCUGAGAGGCAGCCACCGAGACGGCUACAGUACUAAACUAAAUGCUUUUGAGAGUCCACUGGAAAGCAAUCUGUCCUUUUUACUGACUGACAAAAAUUAUUUGUCUCCAAAUAUACAGUAUAAUGGUCUAAUGAAAUGUACCUUAACAUGUUGUGCAUGUUAAAUAUAUAAUUUGUAUAUUGAAAAUAAUUGGAAAUGAAUUUAAUUGAUGUGGAGGCACUAUCCAAUGAUAAUUGGUUGGAAGUAUUACAUAUUUACACAUUGCCCUUUCAACUGCAUGGGACUAGAUUCAUGCUGGAUUUAUUUUUUUAUUUUUUUAACACUUCAACGCCAAACCAAUGAGCUACAGUGAUGUAUUUCAGGUGAGGUCAAGGAGAAUUGUGAUAAAGAAGAAAUUUGAUGAAAAUGUAAUGUUGUUCAAUGUGCAUAUAAAAUGACCCCUUGAUAUUGGAAGGCGUACAAUCUA